AUGGAUCACAAACCCCGUCUUAAAGACCGCCUCGCUCGCCUUCUCUGGCGACCAGCGCUCCUCCGUUCCUCCACCGCCGCCGCCGCUGCUUUACGUAGCGGGCGCCUUUCCGCCGGCGAAAGCACCCGUAGCUUCUCCGCCGCGGCAGAUAUUGCUCACGAACCAAUCUUCAUCUCCCGCAGCCGCGCCGGCGAAGCUGACGAGCUUCACUUCGCUCUACUCCGCCGCUCCUUAUCUCUCGACCACCCAGCUUCCACGCCGGCGGUGCAGGGGAAGGAGAAAAAGGAGAGCAGAAAGUACGAAAGGAACGAUUUUUAUGAGACUGGGGAACUCGAAGAAGUAGAUGGGAAAACCUGCACGUUAGUUUCGCCUUCCUUUGAAUCUCCUGGGAGUUCCCAUUUGUAUUACCAUUGGAUCAAAGAAACAGAGUCGAAGAAAAAGAGGAAGAAGAAGAAGAUGAUGAAACAGAGGCAGAGAAGUCGAUCAAAUCGGUAUCAAGUUAGCAGCAUCUCUUCUUCUUUCGGUGAUGAAGGUUUCGGGCUCUUCAGCAGUGAGGAAACUGAUACUUUCUUUUCGUCCCGGAGCUUCUCCUCGGAUUCUUCAGAGUUCUACCGCCGCCCCUCGCCUAAAAGCAGGAAGAACUCUAGCAAAACAGAGAUGAGAAAGAAGAAGAAACACGACGAAAGCUUUAAUUUUUCUUCCCGCCGGCGAAGACCGGCGGCCGGGAGAAGAGAUGGUGAAACGAAUGGCUUCCAGCCUUUGGUUUCUGGUCCUUUCUCUGAACAAACUGAAGCAGAGAAGAACCGCAGAGAAGGUUUCCCUGUUCUGAAAAAAUCUAGUGAUCCUUACAGCGACUUUCGGAGCUCAAUGGUGGAGAUGAUAGUCGAAAGACAAAUCUUUGGUGCUCGAGAGCUCGAGCGUCUUCUUCACUCUUACCUUUCACUCAACGCUCCUGAAAUCCACUCUGCCAUUUUUCGAGCUUUUGCAGAUAUAGCUCAAGUUUUGUUUAGUUACUAACAAUUGUAUCGCCUUGUUUGUGUGUUUAUGGCUAGUGGAUCUUAAAGAUGGGUCUUUUCUUCAGCUUCGAUCUCUUUUCAUGUCUUUCUUUGGAGUGUAGAAGGAGAGCAUGGUUGAAGAAUGUAUGUAGAAAGUUUGAUUUUCUCGAAUUGUUAGGU